CACGUGUUUAUAUAAACAGAGGCUGUGAGGGGAGGGGGCAGAGUGCGGCCCCAGGGAUGGGAGAGAUACCCUGCUAGCCCCUAUACUCACAUAUACACACACACACACAUAUAUAUAUACAGGUAUAGAGAGAGACAGGAGCUUAUAUAGAGGCUGUAGAUUCCUAUAAGGGCAGCUGGGGCAGAGAAUGCAGUAAGUGCCUGGGCACUCUAGGGGCGCUAUGUAAGUACAGACAUAGAUUAUUGUAUAGAGUUAGAUAGAAGGGGAAAUAAGCCAAAACAGGAAGAAAAGCCAAAAUGUCUCUGGACGAUCCAUUCUCAGUGGUGAGAGGAGAGGUGCAGAAGGCUCUGAACACCAGCCGGGGUUUGUACCAGCGCUGGUGUGAACUCCUCCAAGAAAGCCAAGUUACCAGUGCCGAAGAGUUUGAUUGGACGACCAACGAGUUGCGGAAUUCCUUGCGCAGCAUUGAAUGGGAUCUGGAGGAUCUGGAAGAAACCAUCAGCAUCGUGGAAUCGAACUCGCGAAAAUUCAAGAUCACCGGGACGGAGCUUAGUGAGAGAAGGAGUUUUGUGGAGCAGACGCGGAAUUCUGUAAAGGAAAUGAGAGAUCACAUCUCCAGCCCGAGAUCUCUGGCUUUUAGUGAACGCAAGAACCGAGAGGUGCUACUAGGUGCUGGCCAGCAGCCCAUAAAUGAUCGUUUUUCUCGUCUGGACGAGGAAAUCAUAUCUGGCAACUCUCGCUACGUGGAGGAGCAGCAAGCGCAGCAGCAGCUGAUUAUCGAUGGGCAGGACGCGGAGCUGGAGAUGGUGUCUGGGAGUAUACGGGUUCUGAAAGACAUGUCUUCCCGGAUUGGUGACGAAUUGGAGGAGCAGACUGUGAUGCUCGACGACUUCACCCAUGAAAUGGAUAACACCCGCACUCGCGUGGACUCCGUAUUCAAGAGAAUGGCCAAAGUCUCUCACAUAUCCAGCGACCGCCGGCAGUGGUGCGUAAUCAUCACGCUCCUCCUCGCUCUUAUCAUUAUACUGAUCCUGAUUUUUGUUCCAUGAAUGUGCCGCGCCACAGAACCAGAGAACCCCACAGACCGGAUUGUACCUGGGAGGACUGUACCACCGCCACCGCGUGGAUGAUUUUAGGGAACGUUGCACAAGUAUAAGGUCAAUUUGUUUUGCUUUUAGGCACGGGGGGUUGGGUGGAGCCGGGGGUGGAGCCACACACUGUAUGACUGGCACACUGACAGCUGGAACAUGGCGGCUCCUUUACCUGCCCAGCGUGUGAGAGAAAUAAAAUAUUUUGUAUGUGU